AUGCCUCUGCAACUUCUACGUUUGGAAACGGCUUUGAAGCUUCCCGGGCGCUUCAGCCGGGGACCGGCUACUGGUCUAGCGCUGGAGAUCACGCAACUGACGAACAAGGUAGACGCUCGCAAACAUGAAAUAUCUGCAUCUCUCACGGCUUUCUUCCCCUCAGUCGCAUGGAGUGGUACCCUCGAGGUCCCUGGAAAGCUCAAAGGCGUCCGGAUCCGCUGGGAAUAUGCGCCUCAGGUUUGCACUGAAUUCUUAUUUGUGUGUGCCGGGCUAGCCCGUGACUCUCUGCUGCGCUCGCGAUGCAGGAAGUGCAAAUAUCAACGUCUGCUGACGGCCAGAACUUCUUCGUCGCAGUGCCUUGGAGGCCGACUGCAGGCACUGGCGGUUGAAGGGGGGAAAAUGAACAAAGAGGGCUCGCGGGUAGUCCUGAGUCCGUGUGAAGACGCGAUAGCCCUGGGGGACGGCCGGGAGCUGUGGCUAACAAAUCCGCAGGGGCAAAUUGUGAGUGCCCGCAGCCACCCGCCGCAGUGCCUGGUGCUGCAGGGCGGCGACCCAACAGGCAAGUGGCGCUGCGGAGAAGCAGAUUUGAACUUGUUGCGAAUUUCCAGUUGGACUUCAGACGGAGGAACUGUCUCCCUUUCCAAGUGCUCGCGAGCCCUCGAGGAAGGCGACGGCCGCUCCUCCUGGGCCUUCCAGGCCAACUCCCAGCUGCGCCUCGCCAAGGGGGGGUCUUGGUGCAUGACUCAGAAGAAUGUGAAUGGCUCCACUGCGGGGCUUGCAGACCUCAUUGCUGGCUCUGCGGCCACGGCGGAGGCCUCCAGCAGCGCCGACGAGGCCCACGGGCCCCAGAAAGCUGUCGACAGAGACACGAACACCUCCUGGGCGUCUGAGCUUUUCGAGGAAAGCGACGAGUUCCCAGUCACUCUAGACAUCGACAUAGGAAAAGUUGUACGGCUCGCCGCGGCGCGAAUUGAAUGGGAACAGCCGGCCCUCGCCUACAGCAUUCAAGCCAGCGUCGACGGCGCUGCCUACAUGUGA